AUGGCGGCGGCGCCGCGGUCCGGGGGGCGGCGGCGGCCUGGAGCUGUCCUGCUACGGCUGCUGGCGGUGCUGCUGCUGGCGGGCGCGGCGGGCGCCGGGCAGCGCUCCAAAUGGCGGCUGCCUGUGCUCCUGGGGAAGAAGUUUAGCUUUGGGAAGAUUCUCUUCAGCAACACCACCAUUUUCCUGAGAUUUGAAGGAGAUGAAAAAGCUUGUGAACCUUCCCAGGGUUUCAAUGUUACUUGGUACUUAAGAUACUCUGACUGCUACAAUGAAGUCUUCAACUUUGGGGAUGAACAAGCAGAUAACUAUUUUGGGACUACAGCUGAAGAGCAUCCCGGUUGGUCAGGAUACUAUGCCACUGCUUCUCUCCUCUUUUUUAACUGCUCUGAGCUCUUCAGGCCUCAGAUUUUCUAUAAAGAAUUUGUUCAUCCAGAGCCUCUCUCUCCUGAGAAACAAGAGGGCUUAAAAGAGAAGAAGGAGAGUGCAGGAAAUCACACGAUGGUGACAGAUAAAACUGCAUUGAAUGCUGUUAUCAAAACUUGGCGAGAUGGGCCAUAUAUAUUUAUUGUGCAAAUUGCACUUAUAACUGCAAAGGAUUCUACUGCCAGACUUAAAAGAGCUGAGAGAACAACACCUUCCACGUAUCAGAACAAGCUCUUUACAAUGACAGUAGAACUGAAGGGGCCGUAUGAGUAUCUUUCACUUGCAGACUACCCUCUGAUGAUUUUUUUCAUGGUGAUGUGUAUUGUGUACGUAUUCUUUGGGGUUCUGUGGCUUGCAUGGUCAGCCUGUUACUGGCGGGAUCUCCUGAGGAUCCAGUUCUGGAUUGGUGCCGUUAUCUUCCUGGGAAUGCUCGAGAAAGCGGUUUUCUAUGCUGAGUUCCAGAACAUCCGCUACACGGGCGAAUCCGUUCAAGGAGCAGUAAUACUUGCAGAACUUCUUUCUGCUGUGAAGCGCUCAUUGGCUCGAACUCUGGUCAUCAUAGUCAGCCUGGGAUAUGGGAUAGUCAAGCCUCGCCUUGGAGUGACUCUUCACAAAGUAGUUAUGGCUGGAGCCCUUUAUCUGUUAUUUUCUGGCAUGGAAGGUGUUCUUAGAGUCACAGGGGCCCAGAAUGAUCUUGCCUCCUUGGCUUUUAUUCCCCUGGCUUUCCUAGAUACUGCCCUGUGCUGGUGGAUAUUCAUCAGCUUGACUCAAACAAUGAAGCUGCUAAAGCUUCGAAGGAAUGUUGUGAAACUGUCUUUGUAUCGGCACUUCACCAACACACUCAUCUUGGCGGUAGCAGCAUCUAUUGUAUUCAUCAUCUGGACAACCAUGAAGUUCAGGCUGGUAGACUGUCAGUCGGACUGGCAAGAGCUAUGGGUGGAUGAUGCCAUCUGGCGUUUAUUGUUUUCAAUGAUCCUUUUUGUCAUCAUGAUUCUGUGGAGACCAUCUGCUAACAACCAAAGGUUUGCUUUCUCACCACUGUCAGAAGAGGAGGAUGAUGAUGAGCAGAAAGAGCCAAUGUUAAAGGAAAGCUUUGAGGGAAUGAAAAUGAGAAGUACAAAGCAAGAACCAAACGGGAAUGUAAAAGCAAACAAAGUUCAAGAGGAUGACCUGAAGUGGGUUGAAGAGAACGUUCCUUCAUCAGUGACAGAUGUUGCUCUUCCAGCUCUUCUGGAUUCAGAUGAGGUUAGUAAGGAAAUCUUCAGUUCAAAUUAG